ACCACUCUUGUCCGGAAAAUUUCGUAGCGUUUCAAACGACGUGUGCGUGUCCCAACGAAACUUUUUCGACGCUUUCUGCAUCGCUGCACCGGUGUGAACGGACACGCGAUCGCGCGCUGUACAGUGCAUUUUUACUAUUGUGUGCGUUUCGUACUUUUGUGUAAAACGUAAUAAUAAUAUUAUUAUUUAUAAAUUAUAAUUAUUAUUAUUAUGCGCGUAUAAUAUAGCCAAUUCAGCCUGCGGGCGAUCGACGAACGACGAUAGGUAUCGAUUAACGUCGACGUAUUACACAGGGUUUUUACACGCCGUUUGACUCGAGACAAUAACUGGUUUUUCUCCUCAUAUUAUUAUAUUAUUAUUAUUUUAUUUUAUCGUGUCCGUCACGCCGCGGCCGAGCGUCGUCGACACGGGCAAACGCAAACCGUUCGGCCGAACGGAUCCGACGUGUGCACGUCGAAACGUCGUCAUUGCCGAUUCAAUCGUCCAGUCAAUAUAUUAUACACUCGGUCCGUCGUUUCGCGAAUCCAAUAUAUACACCCAGACACGACGCGUGUCGCUGUGGCGCCCGGUCAACAAACCUCGCGAAACGAUCGAUUUUUACGACUUUCGGACGUUUUACGCGCGCGAAUCGUUUUCAGUGUAGUCGCGAGGCGUUUGCGUUGCCGAGCUUUGCGUUAUGUAAUAUCGUCUCUCUCGUCGUCUACGCCGUUCGCGUUUCCCUUCCAGUCGAAUAUAAUAUAGGAGGUACCUUGCCAGCGGGACGUCGACCUAACCGCGGCACCUGUGCCUCCCCGCGUACUGCCUGCCCGCCGAGUCGGUCGUUCGUAUAAUACGUAGUAUUACUACUACACAGACGACCAUCGUAAUAGUGAAGACGUAAAAGGUGUUAUCACGGGAUGAUCACAAUGGCAGCUUGAUGCCGCUGCAACAAUAACAAUGGACUGACGGUGAUAACGUUGUUUUUUUUUCAUUUUUUUUUUUUUUUUUUCAUAUAUACACUCUACAAUGUUUACUUAUAAUUUUAUAAUUCAUUGUGUGCACGAUAAAAGAAACAAAGACUGAACGGAAUAAAAAAAAAUUCCGUCGCCAACCGCCGGUCGCCGGGGAUCGAUCGUUCGGAACCUCUCUUAGUUUUGAUUUCUUAUGCUAAUUCACGAAAAGCAGCAGCCGCCGCCGCGGCGGUUGAUUUAUUACUACAAAGCUUGCAAAUCGAUUGAUUUCGAUACGCACAAUAAUUUAUUUUCGUAACGAUGCUCUGAUUGUGCGGGCCGCGUGCACUUGAGAAAAAUGGUCACUGUCAACAGCAAUAACAGCAGCAAUGGCACUGGCAGCAAUUCAACACAAUUAGUUGAAACAGUGUCAAUCGACUAUGACGACUUCAAUGAUGCCUUUUUGACGUGCGCCACUUGUCUGUGUGUUUACGAUGGUGUUGAACGCGCUCCAAAACUCUUACCGUGCUCACACACCGUGUGUGUUCACUGUUUGACGAGGAUUGCAGCAGCUGCUAACAAUCGACGUACAGCACAAGACUUGAACAAUGGCCGGGGUAAUAGUAGUCAAUCAUCUCAGCAACAGCAGGAAUCUCAACAACAGCGGCAAACUUUUAGGUGUCCAAUAUGCAGGGAACUUAUAGUUGUUCCUCAAAAUGGUGGAGUCACAGCUCUUCCUCCAUCGUUUCUAGUCAAUCAAUUACUCGAUUUGAUAUCUACUCAUAGACGACGUACUUUAAUACCAACUUGUUGUGGCGGUGGUGUAUUAUCUUCACAUAUUAAUCAGGAAUUGCUUUAUUGUGAAACAUGUGAUCAAGUAUUCUGCUCAAUUUGUACCAAACAUGAGACAGCAAUUAGUGAAAGUACCAUUAUUUCAUCUAAAUCUCCACCAUUGGUUCAUACAAUCAUACCAGUGUCUGUAGCUAUGAAACGUACAUCUGAAAUAAUGUUAUAUAAAGCUAAUGAAUGUGUAUCAAAAUUGAACUAUUCGAGGGAUGGAGUAUGUGCUGAAUUAGAACGUUUAGAUACAGCUCGUAAUGAAUGUUUGUCUACUUUGGAUGAUACAUUUAAUGAUCUGAUGAAUAUAUUAGAAGUUCGUAAGCAACAACUGCAACAACAAAUAAAUAAGGCAUGUGAUGCUAAAAAUAGAAUUUUGACUCAACAACUUUCAGCUAUUGAUAUUGAAAAAAAUAAAGUUAUGGAUGAAUGUGGCAACGUCCAUCAAUUAUUGGAUGUGCAGUCUAUAAACCAACGGAUACAAAUUUUAAAUGAUCGUUUGCAAAAACCUACAGGCGGUAUUGAAGAACCUCGUGAAAAUGCUUUUAUUGCCUUGGAUUUAGAUGUAACAGCAAUAAAAAAUGUCGUAAAUAAUGCAAUAGAGCAAAUGGGUCGAGUACGUACUACAACUACUUGUCCUGGUAAUUGUACACUGAAUGUUGCUGAGUCAAAUGAAGAAAAUUUGUUGAUUCCUCGUUUAGUAGAUACACGGGUUGCUACUUUAAUUGCUGUUGACUAUGAUGGAAAUCGACGCAAUUUAGGCGGUGAUCCAGUUACUCUGAAAUUAAUCGGACCUUUAGAUGACACACAACAAGAAAGGACUGCAAAUAAUUCAGGGCAUCAAUACCAUGAAAACAAUACCAGUGAUGGAGUGCGUAUUAUUGAUCAUAAAAAUGGCCAAUACACAAUCCGUCUACGUUUAUCUAUUUGUGGCAGAUAUCGACUUCAUAUUUAUGUGUUAGGUAGACCAGUAGCAUGUAAUGGUAGUACUGGACAUAUUGACUUCUCUAUAAUAAAAAACAUUGAUCCUAUAUGUCAAUAUAGUAAAGGACCUUCAAUGCAACAGCCUGUUGCAAUUGCUGUAGAUCACCACUCCACUAGGGUGUAUGUUUUAGAUACAGGAAAUUGUCGCAUAAGAGUGCUUGAUACUCACUUAAAUUAUAUUUGUGAUAUACAAAAUAUUGAAGCUCUGCGUGGUCGUUCUUCAACUGGUAUUGGUUUAUUGAGCGAUGAAACAUUGGUUACAGUAAAUUGGCGUACAAACAUAGUGACUCAAAUGACUUUAGGUGGUGAAACAGUCAAGUCAUGGACACAUUCAAAUAUGGUUGAACCUAUGUGUGUUGUUGUGGACAGAACUUAUGAUCAUGUAUUAAUAGGCGACUCUUCGUGUAACAUUCAUGCAUUCAAAGCGACAACUGGGCAACAUCUAUUCACAAUAAAUAAUAAGAAAAGUAAUGGAAAAUCUGCUGAAUGCGUUGGUACAUUUAUGGCAAUAGGGCCAGAUUCACAGAUAAUUGUAAUUUCUGGUGUAACUACAACUGGAUGUCGUUGUUUAGAUAUAUAUUCAUGCAAAGGUACUUAUGAGCGGUCAAUAACAGUUAUGACAACAACAGAUAAAUCCACACAUCCGUAUAGCUCAUUGGCUACUUGUAACAAUUUUAUACUGGCUACUAGACGUCACUAUAACUCGUACGUCAUUGACUUAAUUGAUAUGGAAACUGAAAAAUUAAUAAACACUGUUGACUCCAAUGGCUGCAAAUUACGUCGUCCAGCUGGUAUGGUAGCAUUUUCUGAAGUUCAAGAUUCUGUUAUUGAUGAUAGUCAACAAUGCUCAUCAUAUUAUUUAUUAGUAACCGAUGUAGCAGCUGAUAGUAUAAAAAAAUAUCAAUUUUUUUAAUUAGCGUUAGUCUACAAUUUACUAAACAAAAAAAAAUACUCGUCUACUUAAUUAUUUACUUAAAACUAAGUUUAAAACCAAUUAUUUGUGUUGAAUAUUCUUUUCUCUUUAUAUUUGUGUACUAUGUUUUGUCUAGUUUAGUCAAAUUAUUUGUUAAAAAAAAAAAAAAAUUCCUGUUUUUUAAAUGAUUAGUUAACAUACUUUUAGAGAAAUAUGUCUUGGUAUUUCAUGAUCCUAUUAAAUUUAUUCAAAAACUAAAAGCUCAAUUUUUUUAAUGUAUGAUAAAAUAUUUUGACAAUUUUUUUAAAAUUUUGGUAAUGCGCAUAAAAUAUUUAGCGGUUACAACUUUUGCCUUGUUUUAUGUAU